GUGGGUGGGAAGAGGCCGAAGAGCUCAGUCCGGGAAUCUGUGCUCUCCAGUGACAGCAGCAGCAGGAAGUCGGUGGGCCCCUUCCGGGGGCUGAGGCCUCUUGCUCUCCGAGGGGAGAACGCUGGACUCUUCCCCACGCAAUUCCCAUCUCUGGGCCCCGAGUGUGUUCAUGGCGAAGUCCCCGGAGAACUCUGCCCUGGAGGAGAUUCUGGGGCAGUAUCAACGGAGUCUCCGGGAACGUGCCAGUAGAAGCAUUCACCAAUUGAAAUGUGCCCUGAGAGAAGGUGAUGCCACUAUUGGAGAAGAUGUAAUGGAUCCUUCUUUUAGUAUGAGUGUAGGAAAUGAGGAUGCUGGGAAUGCCUGGCAUGAACUGCAACACAGCCAUGCUGUUAAUCAACUCAAAGCUUUGCUAUGCCAACAAGCAACUAAGGAAAGUGAGGUAUCUCCAAGAAGACGAAAAUUGUCCCCUUUGAAAUCAUCAGAAAAUGAGGAAACCGAUAUGCCUGCUCUACACAAUUUUGUUCCCAUCAUCAGUGACCAGUCUCAAUACAUUCAUCAUUUAGAGGCAGAAGUCAAGUUCUGUAAGGAGGAACUCUCUGGAAUGAAAAAUAGGGUACAAGUAAUUGUGCUUGAAAAUGAAAGGCUCCAACAAGAGCUGAAAUCUCAAAGGCAAGAGGAAGCAAUGAGGGAAGAAACACUUCUGGAUGCAUCUGGAAACAUACAGAAUUCUUGGAUUACAACAGGUGAAGAUUCUAGGGUGGAUGAAGCUGCCGAGAGAUCAUUUUCCCGUGGCAAUGCAGGUAUUAUCAAAGCUGCAUCUGCUAGUGAGGCUGAAAAAUGGAAACUAGAUCUGGAGAGACUAAAACUUACUUACGAGGAAAAGAGUAAAAUCCUGGAAUCUCAAUUGAUGCUUUUGAGGAAAGACCUAGUUGAAUAUCAGAAAAAUUGUGAAGAUCUUAAAGAGCGACUAAAGCAUAAAGAGUCUCUUCUUGCUGCUAAUAUUUCUAACCGUGUUGGUGGCCUUUGUUUGAAAUGUGCUCAGCAUGAAGCUGUGCUUUCCCAAACGCAUAAUAAUGUUCACAUGCAGACCAUUGAAAGACUGUCUAAAGAAAGAGAUGACUUAAUGUCUGCACUAGUUUCCGUGAGGAGCAGCUUGACAGAGGUGCAGCAAAGAGAAGUCAUUGCUUAUGAGCAGGUGAAACAAGCUGUGCAAAUGACUGAGGAGGCCAACUUUGAGAAAACCAAGGCUUUAAUCCAGUGCGAACAGUUGAAGAAUGAACUGGAGAGGCAGACAGAGCGACUUGAGAAAGAACUCGCAUCUCAGCGAGAAAAAAGAGCCUUUGAGAAAGAGAUGAUGAAAAGAGAAAUAACAAAAGAAAGAGAGGACAUGGGCUCAAAGACGUUGACCCUAGCUCAGAGUAUUGCCCAACUGGAGGCUCAGGUGGAAAAGAUUACAAGAGAGAAAAUUUCAGCUGUUAAUCAACGAGAGGAAAUUCAAAAUCAGCUUGCUUCCCGGGAAAUGGAUGUCACAAAGGUGUGUGGAGAAAUGCGCUAUCAAUUGAAUAAAACCAAAAUGGAGAAGGAUGAGGCAGAAAAGGAGCACAGAGAGUACAGGACAAAAACUAAAAGGGAUCUUGAAAUUAAAGAUCAGGAAAUAGAGAAAUUGAGUUUAGAACUGAGUGAAAGCAAGCAGCACUUGGAACAGGAGCAGCAGAAGGCAACCCGGGCCAGAGAGGAGUGCCUGAAACUGACAGAACUGCUGGGCAAAUCUGAGCACCAACUGCACCUCACCAGGCUGGAAAAAGAUAGCAUUCAGCAGAGCUUUAGCAGUGAUGCAAAGGCCCAAGCCCUUCAGGCCCAGCAAAGAGAGCAGGAGCUGACACAGAAGAUACAGCAAAUGGAGGCCCAGCAUGACAAAACUGAAAAUGAACAGUAUUCAUUGCUGACCUCCCAGAAUUCAUUUCUGACAAAGUUAAAGGAAGAGUGCUGCACAUUAGCCAAGAAACUGGAACAAAUCUCUCAGAAAAGCAGAUCUGAAAUAGCUCAGCUCAGUCAAGAAAAAAGAUAUACAUGUGACAAACUGGAAAAGUUACAGAGAAGAAAUGAUGAAUUGGAGGAACAGUGUGUCCAGCAUGGAAGACUACAUGAGAUAAUGAAGCAAAGGCUAAAGCAACUAGACAAGCACAGCCAGGCCACAGCCCAGCAGCUGGUGCAGCUCCUCAGCAAGCAGAACCAGCUUCUGCUGGAGAGACACCUGUCUGAACAGGUGGGACGUCUGAGAUCCCAGUUACCCAGCAUGCCACAAUCUGAUUGCUGACCUGGAUGAAACAGUGAAAUAAGUGAUUUACAAAGAGAUAUUUACAUUCAUCUGAUUUAUACGUAAUAUGCCACAACGCACCGCGACCUUCCCAGUGGACCCCACCUUAGACUGCGGCGGGCUGCGUCGUCACCGCCACAUUCGUUGCCAAGCGGUCCCUGCAGGAUGGAUGGGCUGAAGCUGAAGUCUGACACUAGAUGAGGAGACCUCCUGGUGUAUGUUUUCAGAAAAGGCUCGAAGUUAGUAUGUUUUUAUAUCUGCUCAUUUGUAUGCUUUGUUACACAUGUGAAUUUCAAUAAAUGAAUUUUCUGAAGA